AUGGCAAGUGUUCGUGCUGUACCCAAUCCAGUGAUCAACCCCUACCGGCCACCACCCUCCAGCUACUUCAUGGCCACAAUCCCACCUGCUCAAAAUCGUGCUGCAUACCACCCUGGACAGCUUGCUCAGAUUAGACCAAGCCCCCGUUGGACUGCUCAAGGUGCCAGGCAUCCAUUCCAGAAUAUGCCAGGUGCCAUCCGCCCUGCUGCUCCAAAACCACCAACCUUUGGAGCAAUGAGACCAACAUCUUCCCAGGUCCCACGUCUUGUGUCUGCCCAGCGCGUUGCAAAUACAUCAACACAGACCAUGGGUCCUAGGUAAACAGCUGCUGCUGCAGCUGCGACUUCUACUGUGCGUUCUGUUACUCAGUAUAAAUAUGCCGCUGGUGUCCGUAAUCCUCAACAACAUCUUAGUACCCAACCUCAAGUUGCCAUGCAGCAGCCUGCUGUCCAUGUGCAAGGCCAAAAGCCUCUGACUGCUUCCAUGCUGGCCUCUGCUCCUCCACAGGAGCAAAAACAAAUGCUGGGUGAGCGUCUCUUCCCACUGAUCCAAGCUAUGCAUCCUAAUCUCGCUGAUAAGAUUACUGGCAUGUUGCUGGAGAUUGAUAAUUCUGAGCUGCUUCACAUGCUAGAGUCUCCAGAAUCUCUCCGCUCAAAGGUGGAUGAAGCUGUUGCUGUGCUACAAGCCCACCAGGCUAAGGAGGCUGCCCAAAAGGCUGUGAGCAAUGCUAGUGUCGUGUCUGCUGUUUAACAUGCAUGCAGAUGGAACUUCAAAGAACUUCACUGAAAAAUUUCAAAACAUGGAAAAACUUAAAUCUUGCAAAAACACUGCAAAAUAAAAUAAAAUCACAUAAGGAAAGGAAACUUCAAUGCUUACGUACGGAGUAAAUGCCAGGUCUGGCAGGUAUUGCUAGUCCUAGAUAUUAAAAAAAAUAAAAAAUUGUAAAAUAUAAAAUCAAACAAUGUUUUUUUAGACCCGGGGAAAGGCAUUUUGAAAAACAGUACAGGAAGUUAAAGGACCACUAUAGUGCCAGGAAAACAUACUUGUUUUCCUGGCACUAUAGUGCCCUGAGGGUGCCCCCACCCUCUGGGUCCCAAUCCCGCCUGGAUGGAGAGGAAGGGCUUAAACACUUACCUUUCUCCAGCGCUGGGCUCCCUCGGUGCUGGAGACUCUCCUCCUCCUUUCCCCAUUGUCGGCUGAAUGAGCAUGCGCGGCAAGAGCCGAGCGUGCAUUCAGCCAGUCUCAUAGGAAAGCAUUCUCAAUCUUAAUGCUUUCCUAUGGACGCUGGCGUCUUCUCACUGUGAAAAUCACAGUGAGCAGCGCGUAAGCGCCUGUCAAUGAGACAGCCACUAGUGGCUGGAUUAACCCUAAAGUAAACAUGGUAAACUAUGUUUACAGCAGAAAGGGUUAAUCCUAGGUGGACCUGGCACCCAGACCACUUCAUUAAGCUGAAGUGGUCUGGGUUCCUAUAGUGGUCCUUUAAGCAUUCCUUUUUUUAAUUUUUGUAUUUCUUUACUGUGGAAAAGCUCAGAAUUUCACCACAGUAGGUUGUGGGGAAUGAUAGCUGGUCAAAGAAACAUAAUUUUGGAUUAUAAAAAAUUCUUGCUUUAUUAAAAUUUACUUAUGUCUCAUGCGUACAACAGUACCCCUCAAGUACAGGUUUCAUGGUGGUUUGGAAAGUUACAGGGUCAAACAUAAGAUUUGGCAAUUUCUGUUUUUGUAAAUUGCUAUUUGCCAGAGUGGCUAUGUUGCCUUUGAGACAGUAUGGCAACCCGGAAAUGAAAAUUAACCUGAUCGCCAGCGAUCAGGUAAGUGGGGAUUUACUAAUGAACGUACUAGGUACGUCCGCGGUCGUUAACGUCCAUGGUCGGGAAGGGGUUAAAUGACAUGAUUUCUAAAGAGGAUAGUUCAGUGUUUAUUCAACCUUUGAAUUUAGUAAGGAGAUGUGGAAAGGGAGCACUAAUGGCAAAAGGGGAUAUUUUGGGGAUGCGUUCAAACAGGCACGUAGAUAUUGAUGGCAGUUGCGCAGGGUUUCUAUAGGUGCAAUGCAAUUAAUUUGUCCGACAUAGGAUUGGAUAAAAUUCAUUUGGGUAUUCAGUCUAUGGUGGAGAUGUCUGUGGGCGUUGGGUGGCCACCGAAUUUGGUUGCACAGAAGUUCGGUGGCGUUGGGAUAUAAAUCACUCUCCUGGGCAUCACAGGAGGGUGCAUUUGAUUUAUUUGGUUUUAAUAUAUUAUAUUUAUGACUCCUGGCUUUAAGGUGCAGAGCAUGAAAAUGGUUAAUGGUUUAUUUUGGUUAAAAGUUAUGGUAUAUUAUUAUUAUGGAUGUUGAUGUUUAAAUUGGAAUUGUGAAAUCCGUAAUAAAGGUUCACGGACAUUCUACAAUUUAUCAAAAUAAACAUAUUAAAAGGAAGAAGUUGUUUUGUGUUUUUAUUAUACUAUGCAUAAUUAAAAAUGCAACAUUCAAACACCAUGAAUUAUUUAGAAAGUAGUGCAGUGAAAACACUUACUCUGUAGCCUCCUGGUUUUAAUUAGGCUACAUAACUCCAAAUUGCACCCAAAAGCUCCUCUGUUGCUUUGGCAACCCUAAACUAGAAGCGACGAUUCUGUGGAUAUGCUACAAGGACAAGGAACUACGACCAUCACCAGGAGGAAUAUUAACCCAAAAUGGGUUAACUGAAUACAAUUCCCCAGGCUCCUCAGUAAUUGCCCAUUACCAUGGCAAUCUGGCUCCAACUCAGUCACUCCAUUGUAUCUAACCCCUGAGUGCCAGCCACGCGGCUACCAAAAUGGGUUAGAGCAGCCGUCACCCCCGGUCACUAUGGGGGUCUGCAAGGGUCACUUGGAGAUGCACCAUGUCCUGCAGACUCCAAAGGAGAGAGGUUGAAUGAACUCCUUUGGGACAAGGACCUAAAGUGAUCCUAGGUUAGACAAAAUAAAAAGUUCUUGAGGUGAAACUGCCCCAAAAUAAAAAACACUAACAUCCAUAGAGAGUGAGGACAGAUAAAUAACUGACGUUACAUGGUUUAAAUUACUUAACUUUAUUGUUCCUUCCAUUGGGAGUGGUGAGAGGAACAAGGAGUAACUGCGCUAGGUAAUAUAAGGUCUGGCUGCAGAAUUGGCACCGACUACUGGAAAGCGAGGCUAUGAUAACUACCUUGGGAACCAAGUAAACACAUUUCUAAGGCGAGCAAUUACAGAUGGAACACCAGCGAUGGACCGUAGAACGCACGUAUCUCGUGGAACGCACGCUUUAAUAAUAAUAAUAGCGAUCUGAUUAUAGAGCUAAUAGAGUGCGUUCGGAACGCGUCACUUCCGGUGGAAAUGACCGCGUGGGAAACAAGCUAAUGGGAAAACAUGCCAUCACGGCGGAUCCGGUAACCCGAUCAACAGCCUCGCUACCCGCCAGGUACAGGCAUCUCAUGGUAAGAGGGCGGGCAGUGGGGUGGUGUUCAAAGUGCGGAAUACAGAUUUCUAACUACAUUUCUGUUAACCAGGAGCCUGGUAUUUGAUCUUUAUGGGUUUGUGUCCUUUUUCUAUAAGAAUUAUUUAUAUAUAAGGCGUCUCCUUGGCCAAAACAUCUUUCAUGGGCAGCAAAAGCGGAUGUGAGGGUAGAAUUUAUGACGAAAAAAAAGACUGAAUAACGGGUCUGGUCCGUGGACAUAAGCUUAAUAGCAAGAGUAAACACUACAGAGAGAAAGAGACAUUGUCGAUAGCUGUUCAAGUAGGAGAAAGAAUCUAUGUAUGCUCUGUUUAGUGAUCCUACCAUCCAAUGAUACAUAAUAGUGUUGUGCAAUUGUGGGUGACUGUAAAGCACAAAUUAUGACCGCUAGGUUCUUAAAUCAGUUAUUUAAAUUUAGCCAAGUGUGGUAAAGAUAGAGGGAGAUUGGACUUGAUUUUAAUGAUUUGUAUGUCAUAGCUUGUAAAAUUUAUUUUGCCAGGUCGCAGUAGUAGUAUAAAGUAGGAUGGAUAAAUUUUGUAUCCAUGGACUCAGGAGAGGUCAAAACAUCACCCUUGACCAGGCCUCCAUAGGAUGCACAAAAGUGUUCUGCGUGUAAGUUCUCUUUUGUGCAUGGUGUCUUGCUCCAGAGGUAUACCGCUUUUAGCUUUCCCUGCACUCCCUCACAUCUUUCAGUGUUACUUAUUGUAUGAAGGCGCACAGGAAUGAAAGGGAAACGUUCUCUGCACUCCCACUAGGAUCAAAGGAAGCAGCUACAGUCCAUAUAGCAGAGAUAAACAAAAAGGGUAAAUUAGUUGCUGGUGAAUUUCUUAGACUAUUCAUUACUACAUCUUUCAGUGUUACUUAUUGUAUGAAGGCGCACAGGAAUGAAAGGGAAACGUUCUCUGCACUCCCACUAGGAUCAAAGGAAGCAGCUACAGUCCAUAUAGCAGAGAUAAACAAAAAGGGUAAAUGUAAAUCUUAAUUGAAGAGUAGGGAGAGCAAUGAAUGCAUGAAAACUGUGUUUUUCCUUACUGUUUCUCCUUAUGGUACCACCUCACUUUACUGGUAUUGUCCAAAGAAGAGAUCAUUAAACACUGAUCUGCUAAAUGCAUGUUUGCAUGUUCAGGAUAUAAUGGAAUGCAUUAGUGGAUGUCUUAAAGACCAACAUAUACUUUGGACCCGAUUUUAAUUAAUAAAACACAGAAUCCUAUGCUUUUUAUAGACUGCCUCAAAUCAUUUUUGAGCAAAUGUAAAAUAGGACAGUUGGUGGUUACUGAUGAUGGUGGAGAGAAUAACAUCCCUUUCUGUUGAGACUUUUUAAAAAAAUUUUUUUAAAAGGGGUAUAAUGUUUUUUCACUUUUCCAUCAUGUCAACAGUCUAAUGGUGGAAAUGGUGCGUUGUCCGGCUAGUACUCUGCUGCAGAAUACUCAUACCACAUAUUGUUUUGACUUACCGUAUUUUCUGCUAGUGAUGGGAGAGAAUAAAUGGAUGCAAUCCUGACUUCUUUCUAGAUGUCCUAUUAAGCACUCCUUCAUGUUAUUUGUAUUGUAAGGCCAGCUAGCUUUAUUUAUUUUUAUUUUGUUGCACAACAUCCCUCCUUCCUCUCAGACAGAGAAACUGGAAUUUGAGAGUGAAAUAAUCAGGGUCAAUAUGGACUGCAAGUUGAUGAAUGCCUAGUAUCCUCUUUGGUGAAUGUGAUGUAAUUUGUAGCACCCACUGAAUUGCUUAAAAACAAAAAUGCACUUUAUGGACUAAUCAUCAUAUGUGUGUUUAAAUUAGUUGCUGGUGAAUUUCUUAGACUAUUCAUUACUAUUUUGUUUGAAAGGGAAAUUCAAGCUAGGUGUUUAACCCCUUAAGGACCAAACUUCUGGAAUAAAAGGGAAUCAUGACAUGUCACGCAUGUCAUGUGUCCUUAAGGGGUUAAAGGACCACUACAGGCACCCAGACCACUUCAACUUAAUUAAGUGGUCUGGGUGCCUGGUCCCUCUAGGGUUAACCCUACUUGCUGUAAACAUAGCAGUUUCAGAGGGAGCCCGGUGCUGGAGAAAGGUAAGAUUUGAAGCCCUUCCUCCAACUUCAGCCCAGCGGGAGGGGGGCCAUGAGGGUGGGGGCACCCUCAGGACACUAUAGUGUCAGGAAAACAAGUUUGUUUUCCUGGCACUAUAGUGAUCCUUUAACACAAAGCUUGGAUUAUGGGGGGUAGGCUCUUGAUGCCUAUUCUUUUCAUGGUCUGGUACUUCUGCUGGCUUUUAGAUACUUAUGUUGCAGAUGGUAGUUAAAAGCAUAGGUGAAGGAACAAGUCAUUCAGGAAACUGUAGUCUGUGGUAAUUAAAGGACCACUAAAGUGCCAGGAAAACAUACUCGUUUUCCUGGCACUAUAGUGCCCCCACCCUCAGGAUCCCCAUCCCACCGGGCACUAGGGAGAGGAAGUGGUUAAAAUCUUACCUUUCUCCAGCGCCGGGCAGGGAGCUCUCCUCCUUCAUAGAGACGUCCUCGGCUGAAUGCGCAUGCACGGCAGGAGCCCCGCACGCAUUCAGCCAGUUCAUAGGAAAGCAUUUGCAAUGCUUUCCUAUGGACGCUGGCGUCUUCUCACUCUGAUUUUCAGUGAGAAGCACGCAAGCGCCUCUAGCGGCUGUCACUAGAGGCUCUAGAGGCUGGAUUAACCCUCAGUGUAAACAUAGCAUAAAAGGGCAAUGCUGUUUUUUUUUUUUUUUUUUUAACCCCAAAACUUGUAAUUUUCCUGGGAAUUUAAUCUACUCAUGGUAUGAGUAAAAACUAGUAGUGAUUUUAAUGCAGCUGGCACUUUAGUAUAUACCAUAAAGCUUAUUUCAAACGUUUUGAUUUACUAAUAAAACUAUAUUUUCAUAAACCAUUAUAACUAAUAUUUGUUGAUUUACUCAACCACAUUGACUUGGAGUUGUGCUUUACUUAUGAGAUCAUUGAGUAGUUGUCAGAACAAUUGCUUGCUUUGCACAACUUUUCAGAAAAUCGUCUUUGACUAACAAUUUGCUCAGAUGUUAUAAUCUCCCAAAUUUACUAUAAAAAGGAAUAAUGGACACUAUAUCUUUUUUUGGAGAAAAGACUACCUUGGAAGAGUUCAGCCACAAAGUUGUCAGAAAUUCAAGACUAAAGGCUAGGAAUUGACCAAUUAUCGGUUCCUCUGGUUAUUGCAGCCGAUAUUAGGCAAAUGUCUGAUAUCAGCUAUCAGUGAUGUAAUAUACGUAAAUUACUGUUUUUACUCCGCUCUCCCAGGCACCCAUGCCGAACUUUGUAUUUGGAAACUCCAGCCGCCAAUUUAUGAGACGCCAUGUCGUGACCUCACUCCUCCCUGCAAGUCCCCGCGUGACUAGCAUAACUGAAGGCAUGGAGGGGAGACUGUGAAUAAUCUACUGCAAUGCACAUGGAUAGCUGCCCAAGAGUGAUAUAAGUGUAAUUGCUGUCAGUAACAUCAAUGCACAUGCUGGGAUCUCAGGAAACACCGCAUGUAUUGGUUGCCUCAGAGUGAUAGGUGUUCACUAGAGCAGAUGAUGGAAUCUAAUGUUUUAAUAAAACAAAAUUGACAAAAGGCAAAGUAAUGUGAGAGAAAAGUUAUAAGAAGUCAAUGCAAAACUCUAAAUAUCUUUUCCCCCAUGGUGGAAAUUUUUUAAAUGAAAAAUCCAUCUUUGGAAGUCCAGUUAUGUUAUAUUAUAUAAACAGUAUCUCACAAAAGUGAGUACACCCCUUUUAUUUUAUUAUAUAUUUUCAUGUGACAACACUGAAGAAAUUACACUUUGCUACAAUGUAAAGUAGUAAGUGUACUGUAUGUAUAACAGUGUAAAUUUGCUGUCCCCUCAAAAUAACUUGACACAGUGCCAUUAAUGUCUAAACCGUUGCCAAGAAAAGUGAGUACACCGCUAAGUGGAAAUGUCCAAAUUGGGCCCAAAGUAGCUAUUUGGGCCUAUUUUGUGUGGCCACCAUUAUUUUCCAGCGCUGCCUUAACCCUCAUGGGCAUGGAGUUCACCAGAGCUUCACAGGUUGCCACUGGAGUCCUCGUCCACUCCUCCAUGAUGAAAUCACGGAGCUGGUGGAUGUUAGAGACCUUGCCCUCCCCCACUUUUUGUUUGAGGGUACCCUACUAAUGCCCAAAACAGUUUAGGUCUGGAGACAUGCUUGGCCAGUCCUUCACCUUUACUUUUGGAUUCUUUAGCAAGGCAGUGGUCGUCUUGGUGUGUUUGGGGUUGCUAUUAUGUUGGAAUACUGCCCUGCGGCCCAGUCUCUAAAGGGAGGGGAUCAUGCCCUGCUUCAGUAUGUCACAGUACAUGUUGGCAUUUAUGGUUCCCUCAAUGAACUGUAGCUCCCUAGUGCCGACAGCACUCAUGCAGGCCCAGGCCAUGACACUCCCACCACCAUGCUUGACUGUAGGCAAGACACAUUUGUCUUUGUACUCCUCACCUGGUUGCCACAACACACACUUGACACCAUCUGAACCAAAUACGUUUCUUGGUCUUAUCGGACCACAGGCCAUGGUUCCAGUAAUCCAUGUCCUUAUUCUGCUUGUCUUCAGCAAAUUAUUUGCGAGCUUUCUUAUGCAUCAUCUUUAGAAGAGGCUUCAUUCUGGGACGACAGCCAUGCAGACCAAUUUGAUGCAGUGUGUGGGGUAUGGUCUGAGCACUUACAGGCUGACUGCUCAACCACUGCAGUAAUGCUGGCAGCACUCAUUUCUAUUUCCCAAAGACAACCUCUGGAUAUGAGACUGAGCACGUGCACUCAACUUCUUUGGUCAACCAUGGCGAGUCCUGUUCUGAGUGGAAGCUGUCCUGUGAAACUGCUGUAUGGUCCUGCCCACCGUGCUGCAGCUCAGUUUCAACGUCUUUACAAAUGAUCCAAAACAUAAUGCAAAAGUUUUUUUUGUUUUUUUUUAAAGGCAAAGUGGAAUCUUCUGCUAUGGCCAAAUCCGUCCCCUGAUCGCAAGCUGAUCGAGCAUGCAUUUCACUUGCUGAAGAUUAAACUUAAGGCAUAAAAACCCACAAACAAAAAACUGAAGACUGCUGCAGCCAAGGCCUGACAAAGCAUCACAGAGGACGAAACCCAAUGUUUGUUGAUGUCCAUGCAUUCCAGAAUUCAAGCAGACAUUGUCUGCAAUGAAUUCUUGACAAAGUGUUUUAAAAUAUAAUUUUGUUUUUGAUUGUGUUAAUUUGUCCAAUUACAUUUGAGCCCCUUAAACAAGGGGACUGUAUGAAAAUUUCAUACAAUAUUUUUAUUUUACCCUUUGAAUUAAACCUGAAAGUCUUCACUUCUUCAGUUGUGUCUCUGACACGAGGUCAUGCAUUUACACUGGAAAAAAGAUUUAGUCUAAGGCAAAGGAAAGUUGUGUUUUUAUUUUUAGGGGGUUUAUCGUAAACAAUAAGGAUGUGGUAUUCUUAGCAAGAAGAAGUGGUUUUAUCAAAGUCUGUACAGAUGUUUAAACGGCAACUAGAUGCAAAAACAUAAAAUUCAGCUGUAGGGCAAUGGCUUCUUGAUCCAAGGAUAAAUCUGUCACUCUGAAGUCGAGGGAUUUUUUUUCCUCCCUAGUUUGUUGUAAAAUUAGAAGUGCUCCAAACGUUUGUGUUUUAGCCUUCUUUCGGAUCAACAGCAAAAAAAGACAUAUGGAAGGCUCAACUUGAUGGAAGCAUGUCUUUUUUUUUUUUUUUUCAUCCUAUGUAACUAUGUAAAUGGAGGAUGGGUAAAUGUGUUUAUGCCUUGUGAAAGGCACUAGUAAGUGUGCCGAAACGUUGAGGUUUGUUGUGUACAAGUACCCUGCCCUUUUGAGGUAAUAUGAAAGUGAGAUUCUAUGCCUUUUGUGAUUUAAGUGCAUGUUAUAUACCCUCUAUCACAUGUUCUUGUAAUAGUGUUCUCUUUUGGACUUUAUUUUUGUUUUGUUUAUUUUGUGUAUAUUAAAGAGAUUUGACUUAAAGGACCACUAUAGUGCCAGGAAAACAUACUCGUUUUCCUGGCACUAUAGUGCCCUGAGGGUGCCCCCACUCUCAGGGUCCCCCUCCGGCUGUAGAAAGGGGAAAUGGGGUUAAACUUACCUUUUUUCCAGCACUGGGCGGGGAGCUCUCCUCUUCUGAUCCUCCUCCUUUCCGCCCAUUCGGCUGAAUGCACACGCAUGGCAAGAGCUGCGCGCGCGCAUUCAGCUGGUCGCAUAGGAAAGGAUUAUCAAUGCUUUCCUAUGGACGCUUGCGUGCUCUCACUGUGAUUUUCACAGUGAGAAUCACGCAAGCGCCUCUAGCGGCUGUCAAUGAGACAGCCACUAGAGGCUUUGGGGGAAGGCUUAACCCAUUAAUAAACAUAGCAGUUUCUCUGAAACUGCUAUGUUUAUUAAAAAAUGGGUUAACCCUAGCUGGACCUGGCACCCAGACCACUUCAUUAAGCUGAAGUGGUCUGGGUGCCUAGAGUGGUCCUUUAAGUUAACUAAGGUGUGCAUCUUUUUGUAUAUAGUACUAUAUUUGAUAUUAAGGGAUGCCUCUUUAAGAUGGCACGCGUACUUGCUUUGUAAAUUACAGCCUUUUUCCUAUUGAUUGUGUUUAGCUAUAUAUGUGUGUGCACAUAUAUUAUCAAAUGCUCUUGCUUUAUAGAAAAAAAAAUAAUCCUUUUUUUUUUUUUUUUUUCUUCUUUCCCCAGGUGCAAUAUUUGGCCACUCUAA